CAAUGUUUUCUCCACAAUGAGUUGUUGGGAUUUUAAAUGCUUUUGACCUUAAACAUGUUUCUCAGGCUCCAUCUUCUUGUCCUGAUCAUUCUUUGACAACCAUUUCCUCUCAUCUCUUCCAUGUCUUCCUCCCGUUAUGACUCCGAUCUCCAUGAUGACUUUUUCCGUGAAUGGUACCAGGACGACAAUAGAAAGUAUGAUGUGUUUAUGAGUUUCAGAGGAAAAGACACGCGUGCUUCUUUCACUUCACAUCUCUAUGCCGCUCUUAAGAAUGCAGGAAUCACUGUUUUCAAGGAUGAUGAGACACUUUCAAGGGGAAAACACAUCUCACACUCGCUGCGGCUGGGAAUAGAACAGUCUCGAAUUUCUGUUGUUGUUUUCUCGAGAAAUUACGCAGAGUCGCGGUGGUGUUUGCAAGAGUUGGAGAAAAUAAUGGAGUGUCACAGAACAACAGGGCAGGUAGUACUACCUGUGUUCUAUGAUGUUGAUCCCUCUCAGGUACGUCAUCAAAAAGGCCACUUUGGGAAAGCAUUUGAAAAGCUUCUGAAUACGAUUUUAAAAGAGAUAGGAGAUAAGUGGCCGCAAGUUGUGGGAUGGAGGGAGGCACUUCACAAAGCGACUCAUAACCAAAGGUGUUGGAAAAACUCGCACGUUAACCUUUGGAGGAAGGGACUUUGUGAGGCUGGUGGCGUCCCAGUGGUUGUUGUCUUCAGCUCCAGUGGAGAAACGGAGAUUGCUAAUGAGAUAAGCCUCAUCCUUAAGCAUUGGAGGGAGGCACUAUGUAAGGCUGCUGGCAUCGUUUUAAAUUGCAGUCCGCAACCGCAACUACGGUCCCAACAUAACGGUUAUUUGACUGUUUGCAACUGCAUCAAGACAGCAGUUACAGUCGCAUCCGCUGCAUUUUCCUGCAAUUGCUCACCACAAUAUAAAGAUUGUUUGACUCGCCGCAACCACCAUUCACCGCCAGAAAUGUCUGCAACCAUCUCAGGCAGUGCAGUCUUAAAUUCCAGUGUUGAAAUGGAGAUGGCUAAUAAUGAGAUAGACGACCUCAUCCAGAGUUGGAAGGAUGCACUUCAUAAGGCUGCUGGCAUCUCAGGGGUUGCAGUCUUAAAUCACCGAGGAGAAAUGGACACUUCUAAUGAGAUAAACCAAUUCGUGAAGCGUUGGACGGAGGCCCUUCGUGAGGCUGCUAGCAUCUCAGGGGUUGUAGUCCAAAAUUUCAAGAAUGAAAGUGAGGCUAUCAAACAUAUUGUUGAAAAUGUUACCCAUUUGUUAGACAAGACAGAGUUGUUUGUUGCCAAUAAUCCAGUGGGAGUAGAACAUCGAGUGCAAGAAAUGAUUCAGUUGCUAGACCAAAAACAAUCAAAUGAUGUUUUACUACUAGGGAUGUGGGGGAUGGGAGGCAUUGGUAAAACAACAAUUGCAAAAGCCAUUUACAAUAGGAUUGGCCGCAAUUUUGAUGGAAGGAGUUUCCUUGCACAUAUUAGGGAAGAUUGGGGGCAAGACUCUGGUCAAGUGUAUUUACAAGAACAACUUCUUUUUGAUAUUGACAAAGAAACAAAUGCAAAGAUACGUAACGUUGAAUCAGGAAAAAUUAUAUUAAAGGAAAGACUUCGUCAUAAGAGGGUAUUGCUUAUACUUGAUGAUGUGAAUGAACUAGACCAAAUGAAUAUUUUGUGCGGAAGCCAUGAAUGGUUUGGUCCAGGGAGUAGAAUAAUCAUCACAACCAGAGAUAUUAGUAUACUUAGAAGGGGAGGAGUUGACAAAGUGUACAAAAUGAAAGGAAUGAAUGAAGUUGAAUCAAUUGAGCUUUUUUGUUGGCAUGCAUUCAAGCAAGCCAGUCCUAGAGAAGAUUUUAUCGACCUUUCUAGAAAUGUAGUUGUAUAUUCUGGGGGAUUGCCACUAGCUCUUGAAGUCCUUGGGUCCUAUUUGUUUGAUAUGAAAGUAACAGAAUGGGAAAGUGUAUUAGAGAAACUCAAGAGAAUUCCUAAUGAUCAAGUACAAAAAAAGUUAAAAAUAAGCUAUUAUGGUUUAAGUGAUGAUACAGAGAGGGAAAUAUUCCUUGAUAUAGCUUGUUUCUUUAUUGGAAUGGAUCGAUUUGAUGUUAUACGCAUAUUAAAUGGUUGUGGACUUUUCGCAGAAAUUGGAAUAUUUGUCCUUGUAGAGAGAAGCCUCGUAUCUGUUGAUGAUAAGAACAAGCUUGGAAUGCAUGAUUUAUUACGAGACAUGGGAAGAGAAAUUAUUCGUGAAAAGUCGCCAAAGGAGCUUGAGGAGCGUAGCAGGUUAUGGUUUCGUGACGAUGUGCUUGAUGUAUUAUCAAAAGAAACUGGAACAAAAGCUAUUGAGGGACUAGCUUUGAAGUUACCAAAAGCUAAUACAGAAAAAGUUCGCACCAAAGCUUUUAAGAAGAUGAAGAAACUCAGGCUGCUUCAACUUGCUGGUGUUGAACUUGUUGGAGAUUUUGAAUACAUUUCCAAAGAUCUUAGAUGGCUUUGUUGGCAUGGAUUUCCUUUGACAUGCAUACCAAGAAACUUUUAUCAAGGAAGUCUAGUUUCCAUUCAGUUAGAAAACAGUAACAUUACAAUUUUGUGGAAAGAGGCACAGUUGAUGGAGAAGCUGAAAAUUCUUAUUCUUAGCCAUUCUCAUUACUUAACACACACUCCAGACUUUUCGAAUUUGCCUAAUCUUGAAAAACUAGAACUCAUAGAUUGUCCAAGGUUGUGUGAGGUUUCCGAUACCAUUGUACAUCUCAAUAAAGUUCUUCUAAUAAGUUUUCAAGAUUGUAUCAGACUUCGAAAACUUCCAAGAAGUAUCUAUAAGUUGAAAUCUCUUAAAACACUCAUUCUUUCUGGAUGUUUAAAGAUUGACAAGUUGGAAGAAGAUUUGGAACAAAUGGAAUCUUUAACAACCCUUGUGGCUGAUAAGACUGCAAUAACAAGAGUGCCAGUUUCAAUUGUUAGAUCAAAAAGCAUUGGAUAUAUUUCUCUGUGUGGCUAUGAAGGAUUGUCACAUGAUGUGUUUCCUUCCAUCAUUUGGUCUUGGAUGUCACCAAUGAACAGUCUCUCUUCUCGCAAUCAAACAUUUACGGGCAUAUCAUCUCUUGUUUCACUAGAUGUGCCAAAUACAAGUUCCAAUCAUUUAUCAUAUAUUUCCAAAGACCUUCCAAAGCUUCAAAGUCUUUGGGUAGAGUGUGGCUCAGAACUUCAACUUUCUCGAGAUGUAACAAGUAUUUUGGAUGCUUUAUAUGCCACACAUUCUGAAAAAUUGGAAUCAACUACAUCACAAAUGUAUAAUAUGAAAUGCAACAAUGUAGUUUCCAAUUCAGGAUCAAAUUCCUUGAGAUCACUUUUAUUUCAAAUAGGAAUGAGUUGUGAAAUCACCCAUAUUCUGAGACAAAGAAUUUUACAGAAUAUGACUACUAGUGAUCAUCAAGCUUGUUUGCUCCCCGAUGAUAGUUAUCCAGAUUGGUUAGCCUUCAAGAGUGAAGGUUCUUCUGUGACUUUUGAAAUCCCUCAAGUGAAUGGGCAUUAUUUGAAGACAAUGAUGUGCCAUAUCCAUUAUUGUUCCCCAGACAACAUAACAUCAGAUGGCCUCAAAAAUUUGUUAGUGAUAAAUCACACAAAGGCCACCAUUCAACUUUAUAAGAGAGAUUCAUUAGACGCCUUUGAAGAUGAGGAGUGGCAAAGGGUACUAUCAAAAAUAGAGCCCGGAAACAAAGUGCAAAUUGUUGUUGUUUUCUGGAGCAUAUUAAAGGUUAACAAGACAACAAUUUAUCUCAUAUAUAAGCAUGGAUAAAAAAUAGAAGACUUCCAUGCACCAAAUAAGAAUUUAUGCAAAACCGAAGAAGUAAAGAAGAAAGCACAUACUGAGAUGAUUAGCGCAGAUCUUGAGCAUCUUGGAUUGCCUCAUGAGAUGGCUAACAUUGCCAGAAGCCUUAUGCUUCAGGAACUUCACGGUGCCGGUGCCUUGCUCCUUCCACUGGUUCUCAUCCUUGUCAAACCGCUUUUUUCUCCUCCCAUUAACAUUUUUCCUUCAUUCAAUUCAAUUCUGAAACCAUUUGGGGAUUUCUUUUUUCUGAUGGAGAGCCUAACCGAUAGAACAGAAUUGCAUCACAGUGGGGAAAUGAGAGACGGACAAAGCAGCAUCAUCACCCAACUAGCCCUGACGCCGGAAACCGCGAGCGUUCUCAAGGAAUCAAUCGCAAUGGCCCGCGAGAAGAAACACCUUCAUACCACUCCGCUCCAUGUGGUGGCCAAGCUUCUCGAUUCCCCAUCGGGAUUCCUGCACCAAGCCUGCAUGAAAUCGCAACCGACAUCUUACCCACUUCAGUACCAGGGGCUGGAGCUAUGCUUAAAUGUGGCCAUGAACCGAUUGCCUAUGAGCAUUUCUUCCAUGGAGCCACUAAUCUCCAAUUCCUUGAAGGCUGCCUUCAAGCGAAUCCGUGCCCAGCAGCAUGGCAGGCAGCCUCCAUCCACGGACAAAGUCGAACUCGAACAGUUAAUCUUAUCCAUUUUGGACGACCCCAGCGUGAGCAAGGUCAUGAAGGCAGCCGGUUACUCAAGCCCCGACAUUAGCGCCACCUUCCAGCGGGGGCGCAAGUAUGAAGUGUUUAUUAGUUUCAGAGGGGAAGACACGCGUUCUUCUUUCACUUCUCAUCUCUAUGCCGCUCUUCAGAAUGCCGGAAUCAUUGUUUUCAAGGAUGACGAGUCACUUCCAAGGGGACAUCACAUUUCAGACUCACUGCUUCUCGCUAUCGAACAGUCUCAGAUUUCUGUUGUUGUUUUCUCAAGAAAUUAUGCAGAUUCCCGAUGGUGUUUAAAAGAGUUGGAGAGAAUAAUGGAGUGCCACAGAACCAUAGGGCAUGUGGUAGUGCCUGUGUUCUAUGAUGUUGAUCCCUCUGAAGUACGUCAUCAAACUAGCCACUUUGGAAAUGCAUUUCAAAACCUUUUAAACAGAAUGUCCAUAGACUUAAAUUCCAGUGGAGAAAUGGAGAUGAUGCUUAAUAAUGAGACAAACCUCCACGGAAAGAGUUGGAGGGAGGCACUUCGUGAGGCUGCUAGCAUCUCAGGGGUUGUAGUCCUCGAUUCCAGGAAUGAAAGUGAGGCUAUUAAAAAUAUUGUUGAAAAUGUUACACGUUUGUUAGACAAGACAGAGUUAUUCAUUGCUGAUAAUCCAGUGGGAGUAGAAUCUCGAGUACAAGAUAUGAUUCAACUGCUAGACCAAAAACUUUCAAACGAUGUUGAACUAUUAGGGAUAUGGGGAAUGGGAGGCAUUGGUAAAACAACCAUUGCAAAAGCCAUUUUCAAUAAGAUUGGCCGCAACUUUGAGGGAAGGAGCUUCCUUGCACAGAUUAGGGAAGCUUGGGAGCAAGAUGCUGGCCAAGUCCAUUUACAAGAACAACUCCUAUUUGAUAUUGACAAAGAAUCGAAAACAAAGAUACCUAACAUUGAAUUAGGAAAAAACAUAUUGAAGGAAAGACUUCGCCAUAAGAAGGUACUUCUUAUACUUGAUGAUGUCAAUAAAUUGCACCAGUUGAAUGCUUUGUGUGGAAAUCGUGAAUGGUUUGGUUCAGGGAGUAGAAUAAUCAUCACAACCAGAGAUAUGCAUAUACUUAGAGGGAGAAGAGUUGACAAAGUGUACACUAUGAAAGAAAUGAAUGAAGAUGAAUCUAUUGAGCUUUUUAGCUGGCAUGCAUUCAAGCAACCAAGUCCUAGAGAAGAUUUUACCGAACUUUCUAGAAAUGUAAUUGCUUAUUCUGGGGGAUUGCCACUAGCUCUUGAAGUCCUUGGUUCCUAUUUGUUUGACAUGGAGGUAACAGAGUGGAAGUGUGUUUUGGAGAAACUUAAGAAAAUUCCUAAUGAUGAAGUACAGGAGAAGUUAAAAAUAAGCUUUGAUGGUUUAAAUGAUGAUACUGAGCGGGAAAUAUUUCUCGAUAUAGCUUGUUUCUUUAUUGGGAUGGACCGAAAUGAUGUUAUCCAUAUACUAAAUGGAAGUGAACUUUAUGCUGAAAAUGGAAUACGUGUCCUUGUAGAGCGAAGUCUUGUUACUGUUGAUAAAAAGAACAAGCUUGGAAUGCAUGAUUUGCUACGAGACAUGGGAAGAGAAAUCAUCCGUGUGAAAUCACCAAAGGAACCUGAGGAGCGUAGCAGGUUAUGGUUUCAUGAGGAUGUGCUUGAUGUAUUAUUAAAAGAAAGUGGAACAAAAGCUGUUGAGGGAUUGACUUUGAUGCUUCCACGGAGUAAUACAAAAUGUUUGAGUACUACAUCUUUCAAGAAGAUGAAGAAACUCAGGUUACUUCAAUUUGCUGGUGUUGAACUUGCUGGAGAUUUUAAGAAUCUUUCAAGAGAUUUGAGAUGGCUAUAUUGGGAUGGAUUUCCUUUCAAAUGCAUACCAGCAGACCUUUAUCAAGGAAGUUUAGUUUCCAUUGAGUUAGAAAAUAGCAAUAUCAGCCAUAUGUGGAAAGAGGCCCUGUUGAUGGAAAAGCUGAAAAUUCUGAAUCUCAGUCAUUCUCAUUAUUUGACACAGACCCCAGACUUUUCAAACUUACCAUAUCUUGAAAAGCUAAUACUCAUAGAUUGUCCAAGACUAUUUGAGGUUUCUCAUACCAUUGGACAUCUCAGGGAUAUCGUGCUGAUAAAUUUGGAAGACUGUGUUAGCCUUCGUAACCUUCCAAGAAGCAUUUAUAAUUUGAAAUCUCUGAAAACUCUUAUUCUUUCUGGAUGUUUAAUGAUUGACAAGUUGGAAGAAGACUUGGAACAGAUGAAAUCUUUGACAACACUGAUUGCGGAUAGGACAGCAAUAACAAGAGUGCCUUUUUCAGUAGUACGGUCAAAUAGCAUUGGAUAUAUUUCUCUAUGUGGCUAUGAAGGAUUCUCACGUGAUGUAUUUCCUUCUAUCAUUUGGUCUUGGAUGUCACCAACAAAUAAUCCUUUAUGCCUAGUCGAGUCUUACGCGGGUAUGUCAUCUCUUGUUUCUUUUAAUGUGCCAAAUAGUAGUAGUUCCCACGAUCUUCUAACUAUUUCCAAAGAACUGCCAAAGCUUAGAAGUCUUUGGGUGGAAUGCAACUCCAAACUUCAACUAUCUCAAGAUACAAGAAUAAUUUUGGAUGCUUUACAUGCUGACACAAAUUUUGAGGAAAAAGAAUCAAGUACCACAACUACAUCACAAGGCCCAAACACAAAAACUUCUGCAUUAAUUGAAUGUAGCAAUCAAGAGCACAUUUCUGGAUCAAAAAGUUCUUUGAAAUCUCUUCUAAUUCAAAUGGGAACGAAUUGCCAAGGCUCCAAUAUUCUAAAAGAAAACAUUUUACAGAAUAUGACUACAAGUGGGUGUGACAGUGGUUUGUACCCAGGUGACAAUUAUCCUGAUUGGUUAACCUUCAAUUGUGAUGGUUCUUCUGUAAUUUUUGAUGUCCCUCAAGUGAAUGGGUAUAACUUGAAGACAAUGAUGUUCAUUAUCCACUCUUUUACCCCUGACAACAUAACAUCAGAUGGCCUUAAAAAUGUGUUGGUGAUAAAUCACACAAAGUUCACCAUUCAGCUUUAUAAGAGAGGCACAUUAGUAUCCUUCGAAGAUGAAGAAUGGCAGAGAGCAGUAUCAAAUAUAGAACCUGGUAACAAAGUGGAGGUUGCUGUUGUUUUUGAGAAUGGGUUCACUGUGAAGAAGACAACAGUUUAUCUCAUUUAUGAUGAACCAAAUCCAAAUGACAAGAAAUUAGAGUAUUGCCAUGCAUCUGAUAAGAAUGUUGUUGUUUCCGGUCGCGAUGAAAAUGUAUCUGUUGUUGGGUGGAUUUCUCCUCAAGUGGAAUCCACCAAUGACUUUAAACAAAAACAGAAAAGAAGAAAAUUUGAAUGAGGAUAAAAGAUGGUGAUGAAAGGAUAGUUGGGUAAACAUAGAUUCUUUGGAGUCUGCAAACCUUAGAUUGGUGCUUCUGGCUGUGGUGGAUUGACCAAGGAAAGUUUCAGACAGAGGAUUAAAGGUUUGAAGUGUAGAUUGGUGGUUAUCAAUGCUCUUGUUGCUGAAGCGUAGGGUGCUUGGGAAACAUGUACUCUUGGGUUGGGAUCUUGGUUUCAAAUGAGUCCAACUUGUGCUAGCGCAUUAAAAAGGAAGCACAUACAUUUUGGAUACCAGUGAUCAUAACAAAGGUAUGAUAACAAUUACAUGACACCAGUGAAUUUCUGCUUUAAACAAGAAAAUGCUGAAAUGCAGGGGACAUUACUUUUUCUUUUGCAUUGAAUGGCUGAUAGACCAAAUUACUAACUAAUUUUUCACGUAACUACUGUCUUGAAGUUAAUGCAAUUAGAUUGAAGUUUGGGUUUUUGCUAUGUUUGAUAAAUGUUCUUUAGAAUCUUGAAACAAUGUUGAGUAACAAUGGUAGUGGGUAGCUGGUUUUUUUC